CACUUGCCUAACCUUGACUGUCCAGCCUUUGCGCUACCGCCUAUCGGGCUCAUAUAACAUUGCAUCCAUUCCUCGUGGUGGGUGUCUUGCAACAGUAUCACCCGAAAACAUGAAAACCAUCUUUGUGCAAUUUUUCACUCUACUAGCCGCCGCCCUCGGCUUCUAUCCGUCAGAAAAAUGGUUUCUACCAGCAUCUUUCAACGCCAAGUCGUGGCUAGGGGGCUACAAGAGCAGACCCCAAUACUGGGACCUUGACAUAGAUGAAGAUCGUCCCAAACCAAUUUUGUUGGACCUCAAAAUAAAGGGCUUUUCCAUCAAGCUCUAUUACCUACGUGCCAAGUCGUCCACGUCCAAAGUGGUUUCCGUGUGUUACCACGGACAGACCAAAGCCGUCGGCGCCCUAUAUACCGAAUUCUGGUCUUUGCUUGGAAAUGAUACAGACCUAAUCUUGGUCAAUUUUUUUGGAUAUGGAACCAUCGACCAGGAUCGGUCUCAGCCCUUGUCAACAGCCGCGGCGGCAACGUUCGAUGAACUUCUAAACGUCAUACCGGCCGCUAUCCAAAAGCAGAUUUUCGAGCCGGAUGUGCUCGAUUGGACUCAUUUCGACCCUCGCAUGGUACGAAGGAAUGAUAGAAUACUGGAGGUAAAACCUCUCGAUGAAGAUGCAACGAGCUCAUUACCCAAAACAUUCACAGACUACAAGAUCGUCCCAUUCGGGAGGUCGUUCGGCGCAUCACUAGCGUUAAAGCAUGAGAAGAAGUGGCCUGUUUGCCUAUAUAUGCCUUAUCUCGGUCGACAGAACGUGACCGGUCCAAGAUUCUUACGUCCGUUGGUACAAUGGGCGUUGGAGAGGCUCCCAUUUCCAGAAGCCAAGUUCGAUGAUGCACUCUCCGGAGAACGUCGAUCCUUGGUCAUCAUUGCCAAAGAUGACCAAGUUGUCGGCAAGCCGGACCCUGAGGUGUUGAGCGACUUGCAGAGCAAAGGCCGUCUCUAUACCAUCAAUGGCGAUCAUGGCGCCCUACCGGAUCCAGGCUGCAAGAUCAUAGUCAGAGAUUUUAUGGCCGAAAUGGGCCAAGAGCAGAGUACUAGGCCCCACUGACGAGAGAAGGUACAUAUUAGAGCCAAUACGUACAGAACCGUCAUGUGUGGGUUUGGAAAGAGUUCUGCAACUAGCUAGCCAACCGAGUAACAAGGAGGACAAAUCUGAGGAGGGAAAGAAAGAAGGAAGAACACUCCCUCUCUCUCUCUCGUUAUAUGGGACGCUCUACUGUAAGGGGUCCUCGUUGCCUUGCCUCUUUCCCUUGCCUCCUGAUUCCGUAU